AUGAUAGCAAAGCGAAGUCGCCCCUUCAUUGAUGAGGAUUUUGUAAAAGAAUGCAUAGAAAUUGCCGCUAAGAAAAUGUGUCCAAAAGCAGCAAAAAAGUUUGAGAAAAUUCAACUCAAUACGAUUCAUUUGAAUUUUCUACUCAACUCUUUUAUUAUCCAAAGACGAAUUAUGUCUUUGUCAGGUAAUAUUGCGCAACAAUUAAAUGAAAAAACUAAGAUAAUUGAAUUUUUUUCAUUAGCCCUCGACGAAUCCACUGAUAUUAGUUCCACAGCUCAACUUCUGAUAUUCAUACGAGGUGUUACUCAAGAUUUUGAAGUCUUAGAAGAGUUAUUGGGAAUGUGUUCAUUGAAAGGUCAAACCAGAGGAAUUGAUAUACUCAAUGUACUUUUGGAUGAGUGUUCAAAAACUGAUAAGGACUUAUCAAAAUUAUCGGGAGUUGCGACUGACGGUGCUCCUUCGAUUAUUGGUGUCAAUUCUGAGCUAGUUACUUUGCUGAAAAAGCAAGAAAAAAAGAUACACGCUUAA